CAGCCUAUUUUAGAUGUGAGUGAAGAAGAUGACGUCAUUGUUUCAGGAAACAGAAAAGGAGCUUCUGCUGGUGUGGUCCUCUGCAGUUCCGCUGGCAUGGCGGGAAGACGAGCACUGAAGGCCGUGCUCAUCGACCUGAGCGGAACGCUGCACAUUGAUGACACGGCUAUUCCCGGGGCUCAGGAAGCCUUGAACAGGUUACGACAAACGUCUGUUGCUGUCAAGUUUGUGACCAACACGACCAAAGAGAGUAAAAAGAUCUUAUUGGAACGACUGCACCGUCUCAACUUCGCUGUCCAGGAAAAAGAGAUCUUCACCUCUCUAAGUGCUGCCAGGAGUCUGUUAGAGCAGAAGCGACACCGCCCCCUGCUGUUGGUAGAUGACAGUGCGCUGGAAGACUUCACAGGAAUUGACACAUCAGAGCCGAACGCCGUUGUCAUUGGACUCGCUCCAGAACACUUCAACUACCGAACCCUCAAUGAGGCGUUCAGGAUGGUUCUGGAAGGAGCUCCUCUCAUUGCCAUCCAUAAGGCCCGGUACUAUAAGCGUAAGGAUGGUUUGGCCCUCGGACCCGGGCCCUUUGUGGCAGGAUUGGAGUACGCCACAGACUGUAAAGCCACUAUUGUAGGAAAACCUGAAAAGGCUUUUUUCUCACAGGCUCUGUGUGAUUUAGGAUGCCACCCUGAUGAAGCUGUCAUGAUUGGAGAUGAUGCCAGAGAUGAUGUGGGUGGAGCUCAGAAUGCAGGAAUGCUGGGUAUUCUGGUCAAAACCGGCAAAUACAGAGAAGGAGACGAGAAUAAAAUCCACCCUCCUCCACACCUGACAUGUGACAGUUUCCCAGAUGCUGUGGAACACAUCCUGAAGAACCUCCUCUAAUCCACAAUCAACUCAUCACUGACUCGUUAGGAUUCAUUUAGUUACUUCUGGACCAUUAAAAAUGUUAUGUGAUUCCUGUUAAUUUAAAGCAGGAGGAUCAAAAAUAACAAAAGUCCAAAUAUUUUUGGACCUGACUGGAUUUUAAGUGAUGACAGUGAUAAACGCCGCUGUGUCAUGAUGAAAUUUAAAUGAAUUUCGUUAUUAUUGGUUUCUAGUUUAGCCACUGAAGGAGGGAAAACAUUUAAAUACACACAUUUUGUGUCGAGUUCAACAUCAACUGGAUACAUAAAAAUUUUUACAUUUAUUUAAUGCUUGAAGUAACAAACAGAUUUUUAUUGUGCACAAUAAUUUUAUUCCAAAAUAUUCAAAUAAAGGAUUCACAAUCUCAUUUCCCCAAUUUGUUUAAAAAAAAAAAAAAAGAAAAAAUCCUGGAAUUCAUUUAUAAUUUUGAACCACAUGGGCAAAAA